AUGUCGACGCAGGAUUUACCAAUCAGAAGAUUGCUGAAACAGGAGACAAAUACUGCCGCCUUGAACAUUGUCAGUUGGAACAAAGCAUACUCGAUUUAUCCAUCGCAGACCUUCAAAGAUGGCGAGGCAUACUUUUUUGGCGUCCAAAGCGUGCAUCCUGAACUGUCUGUUUGGGCAGGAGUGUACGAGAAGCGAGGCUUGAACUUUUGCCAUCGCAAAGUUCUCAUGGAGCACGCAACGAACGACGCAAUGAAGUCUUCAAGACGUGUGGCUGAUAGACAGUCUUGGAUCAUAUCACUUUCUACAGCAGAGAUCAAAACUUCCUCGACACCUGAUUAUGGGUUAGAGUAUGCUCAUUUCACAGUACAUCGUUCAUAUGAAGGUGAAGGCCUUGCCAUGCUUGGGAGUAAAGAAUUCCUUUUCAGCGAAUAUUAUGUCGAUUCAUGUACAAAAAGGGCAUCCUCCUUGAAAUAUAGACACACUUGUGGACACAGCUGGGGCAAGUUCCUACAGCGAAUAAUGAGUUACAGUUCCAUCGAUGAAAUAAACAAGCUAUCCAGCGAUGUCCGACCUAGCAAUCUUACUGAGCUAAUGCAACGGCCGGAAGAGAUGCAUGAGCACCUCGACACGAAGCAGUUCUCAACAUGGACGUAUUAUGACGAUGAGAUUCCUGCACUUUUCCAUGAGUGGCAAGAGAAUCCUAUCGAGAUUCUGAGAUAG